AUGUCUUACCAACAGCAGCAGUGCAAGCAGCCUUGCCAGCCUCCUCCUGUGUGCCCACCUCGAAAGUGCCCAGAGCCCUGCCCUCCCCCAAAGUGCCCUGAACCUUGUUUUGAGCCAUGCCCCCCUCCCUCAUACCAGCAGAAAUGCCCUCCUGUACAACCACCUCCACCAUGCCAACAGAAGUGCCCACCUAAGAGUAAGUGA